AUGGAGUUUUCGGUUGAAGAUGAAAGCAGCAGCUCAUCACCAAACCUUGCGUACAAGGCCGCUCACCAGGCGUUCAGGGAUCGCUGGAAAGAGACAGACGACACCAUGUGUCGCCACAGCAUGUCCUUCCACCUGCACCACACGCUGAGGAGCGAGUUCUUCGCCAGCUACCUGUACCUGAUUGAGAAUAUUCCUCUAGUGAAGCUGUUUCCAGUCACCUGUGAGUACAUCAAAGGAGAGAAACAGUUCUACUACAGAGCUCAGCAGUUCUACGAGGAUGUUCCCGCCUCGGAGGAAGGCAUGAUGGGAGAUUUUGUGGACAUAAGCAAUGUUGAUCUGGAGGGUUCCCGGCAGUUUCUGAAGAGGUUUGUGGGUCCUGGUAAGGCCGGUACACACUGUGCCCUUGACUGUGGCUGCGGGAUCGGCCGCGUGUCCAAAGGCGUCCUCCUUCCCGUGUUUGAAAAAAUGGAGAUGGCGGACAUGAUGGAGCACUUCCUGCUCCACGCACACGAGGAGUACCUCGGUGAAGACGCUGACCGCAUUGAGACCUACUAUUGCUACAACCUGCAGGAGUUCACGCCUCCAAAAAACAAGUACGACGUCAUCUGGAUGCAGUGGGUGGCAUGCCAUCUAACAGACAAGGACCUGAUGAACUUCCUGUUUCGCUGUAAGAAGAGUCUGCGUCCAAACGGGGUCAUCAUAAUUAAGGACAAUAUGGCGCGGCAGGGCUGCAAGCUGGACCCCAUCGACAGCAGCAUCAGCCGCCACCUGGACAUCAUGAAGAGCAUCAUCGCAAAGGCCGGCCUGGAGGUCCUGGCUGUUGAGAGGCAGGAAGGCUUCCCUGAGAUCAUCAUGCCUGUCUGGAUGAUUGCUAUGAAAUAGACAUUAUUCAUUUAAAAUAAGAGGAAAAUCCAGAAAAGGCAGAAUUCACGUGUAAUUCCCCUUUUAUUUAAGUUUAGAUUUGUGAUCAGGUCUCUGAAAACUACAACAACACUGAGAGAAAUCUUCAGGACAUAAAUCGCAAAACAGCGGUGUGGACGGCGUGAUGGCAAUUUUAUGGAGGCGAGUUCUUUUUCUGCUCAGCACAGAAAUGAUAUACAUGGAUAUUAAACGUCUACAGAAGCACUCUGCAUGUCCACAAGGCCAGACUGUAAUUUAUUGUCAGCCGACCACCUCCGGGGUUUGUAUCUCGAUGACGUCCAAGAUAGACCCUCAGUCCUCUGGAGGCUGACUGUGGAAGAAGCUUGUUCCUGUCUGAACCACGAGGAUCAUUGGAAAUACAUGUGCAUUCACAGUUACUGUUUGGUUUCUCCUCUGAGUGAAUGAUUUCUAUUUGUUUUUGACUAAAUCCAACAUAUUGACAACAAUAAUGUAUCAUGUUAGAUUUGUUUAUAUUUCUUUAUAUUUUUGAAUAUGAGUAACAUGUAAUCUGUAUCUGGAUACUUUCUCUUGAUAAUGACAUCUAAACACAGGCCUUUGCAUUUUUUAAAAUCUGCCCGCAUUGCAAUCAGAUCUCAAUAUGCAAGUUAGGCAGGAGGAGCUGGUGCACCUGUCAACAAACAUACAAAAUGCAUCCCAGGUCAAAGGCAGCAAAGGGAUCGUCACAUGACAGACGGAGACAGCUGAAGACAUCCAUAGGCUACUUUUCAGUAGCCUUACUAACUCGGCUACUGUUAUUUCAGCCGGUCCCAGACCAAACAUUAGCUGCUACUAGCAUAACACACCCCAAUCUCUGACUGAACUGUUGACAGCUGAGUUGCAUUAUUGGCAAAAAGACUGAAAAUCACUUUUGUAGGCUCUGGGAAAGUUUUAACAAAUAUGACACCAACAACGACUAAAAACGCAACCUUUCAAUUUAUUGUGCAGGUUUUUUUUCUAGGCCAUGGACUGCAUUUACUCUAGACCACCUCCAGUUGGGGUCUGGCCGAUCUGACCAUAUUCCAUUUGCAUUGCGUACUGUGCGCAUUUACAUCCGCAUUAACGUGUUUUCUCCAGCGAAGAUAUCCAGGAACAGAUCGCAUACCAACAAGAGAUGAAGUCGUAAUGUCACCUUUCAGUACAGCCUUUUAUUUAGCACUUUAUUUUGCAAUA